UGGGACCGGGGUGGGGGGGUGCAGGCGGCAGACCCGGGGUGCAGGCGGCGGACUGGGACCGGGGGGGUGCAGGCGGCGGACCCGGGGUGCAGGCGGCGGACUGGGACCGGGGGGGUGCAGGCGGCGGACCCGGGGUGCAGGCGGCGGACUGGGACCGGGGGGGUGCCGGCGGCGGACCCGGGGUGCAGGCGGCGGACUGGGACCGGGGGGGUGCAGGCGGCGGACCCGGGGUGCAGGUGGCGGACCGGGACCCGGGGGUGCAGACUGUUGAUCGGGACCGGGCGGCGGCUCCGCCAUGCAAGUCAGCACCGGGCCUCCGACACCUCUGGGGCGACCAGAACUGCACACAACACUCCAAGUGCGGCCGAACCAACGUUUUAUACAGCUGCAACAUGACAUCCUGACCUUAUACUCAAUGUCCUGACCGAUGAAGGCGAGCACGCUGUACGCUGCCUUUGCUGCCCUGUCUACCUGUGCGGACACUUUCAGGGAGUAAUGGACCUGCACCCCGAGAUCCCUCUGUACCUCAGUGUGGCUGAGGAUCCUUCCACUUACCGUACGACGAUAAUGGCGGUGGAGUUCGCCGGAGGAGUUGUGAUCGCCUCUGACUCCCGUGUCUCGGCAGGGGAGGCAGUGGUGAACCGUGUGAUGGACAAGCUCUCCCCCCUCCACCAGAGGAUCUACUGUGCUCUGUCCGGCUCGGCGGCCGACGCCCAGGCCAUUGCCGACAUCGUCAACUACCAGCUGGAGCUGCACAGGUAACGUCCCACCAGGGAC